AAAAACCAAAACGUGGAGUACGAACAACGGAGUAGAAUAAUACAGAAUUUGAUUGGCUAACUCCACCUCCUCUAGUCCUUUACCUCUGCUGCCAUUGCCAACUAUUUAAACCAUUCCAAUCUCUCUUUCUCCUCCCAAAAUUCCUAAGCCUUUUUCUCCUUUUUCAGCUACUUCUCUUUCUUCUUCAUCCAUUUUACCAGUUUUCCUUCUUUAGUCAUGCAGCAGGUUGCAAGGAGGGGGAUUCAUUUCAUGCGGAGACUGCAUGGAGCAAAUAUUCCUGAAGAUAUGAUCGUUGAAGGCCAAAAUCGAGUAAUAGAUGCCUCCCUCACCCUCAUUCGUGAGAAGGCGAAGCUCAAGGGCGAGCUUGUGCGGGCCUUGGGAGGAGCCAAAGCAACAUCUGCACUUCUUGGAAUACCUCUGGGGCAUAACUCUUCAUUUCUCCAAGGGCCUGCUUUUGCACCCCCACGUAUUAGGGAGGCAAUGUGGUGUGGAAGCACAAAUGCUACAACCGAAGGAGGAAAAGAAAUAGAUAACCCUCGAGUCCUAACAGAUGUAGGCGAUCUUCCUGUUCAAGAGAUCAGAGAUUGUGGAGUGGAUGAUGAUAUACUGAUGAACAUUAUCAGUCAGUCAGUCAAGCUAGUUAUGGAAGAAGAACCUUUGCGUCCGAUGGUGUUAGGUGGUGACCAUUCAAUAUCUUACCCAGUUGUAAGAGCUGUGUCUGAAAAGCUUGGAGGACCUAUAGAUAUUCUACAUCUAGAUGCCCAUCCAGAUAUUUAUCAUGAAUUCGAAGGGAACAAGUAUUCUCAUGCAUCUUCUUUUGCCCGUAUAAUGGAGGGUGGCUAUGCAAGGAGGCUGCUGCAGGUUGGUAUAAGAUCUAUAAAUAGCGAAGGUCGGGAGCAAGGAAAGAAAUUUGGAGUGGAGCAAUUUGAAAUGCGAACAUAUUCACAAGAUCGCCAUUACUUGGAAAAUUUGAAACUGGGUGAGGGAGUUAAGGGUGUCUAUGUGUCAAUCGAUGUGGACUGUCUUGACCCGGCAUUUGCACCUGGUGUGUCUCACUUUGAGCCCGGAGGUCUGUCUUUUCGUGACGUUCUCAAUAUUCUGCAUAAUCUUCACGGUGAUAUCGUGGCUGCAGACGUGGUUGAAUUUAAUCCUCAGAGGGACACUGUUGAUGGUAUGACAGCAAUGGUUGCUGCCAAGUUGGUGAGAGAACUAUCAGCAGUAAUGUCAAAGUAAUAGUCAACAUCAAUCAUUCAUACAAUAAACUAGACCAGUACAGUUCUGUUACACAACAGAUGAAUUGGUUUAUAGUGUUUGAUUUUAAUGUAGUAUUGUUGUUGUCAAAUUGUUAUUAUCUUCCAAAACUUAGCUGAGAUUGAAAGCAUGAUUGCCAAAUAUCUAAAUAAAUUCAUGCUUAGCUUUUGAUUUUGUGAAAAAAUGUUCAUAACUAAUUAGCUAA